AUGCAAGACGCACACCCGCUGGCUCGCUUGCGGUUAGAGACAGCAUGGGCUAACCAAAUGACAUGGAACCUAGCACAUGUCGUCAAUUAUUGCUUCGAUCCGAACGCUGAAGCGAACAAUAGAAGCAGGCGAUGGCAGGAGCUCUGGGAUCAAGUCGACCGGUGGUCUAAACAAAGACCCGAGGGCUUCAAUCCUAUCUGGCAAGGCAAAGGCAAGGAACAUGGUGUUUUCCCCGAGGUGUGGUUCACCACGGACUGGCAUGUCCUCUCGUUCGGCUUCUAUCACUUCGCCUGCAUUUUACUGCUCACGUACAAACCUGGCCCGAAAUUCGCCAUCCGGAAUGCUACUGGUUUGUCAGAUGCGAAUCAACAAAUUCUCGACCAUGCCCGUGUUAUAUGCGGCGCAUGCAAAUGCGCUCCGGAGACUGGGCCACUGUCGAUUACGGUGUGCCACACAAUUUUCAUCUGGGGACCACUAGUGACAGACCCAGCUGAGCGAGAAGAGAUAGCAAAACUCCUCGUCGCUUUUGAGCAAAACCAUUUCUGGCCUACCGCCUGGAUCAUCACCGCGCUCAAGAAGGAGUGGGGUAUAAGCUGA